AUGGCAAACCCGUCCCCCCUCUCCCUGGAGGGGUUGAAGGCCGCCCUGGAGACGGACCCGAUCACGGCGGCCAUAUCGGCAGCGGGCUUGGGAUUAAUAUUUCAUCUGACGGUUCUGCGGAACAUCGAGCUGGAUAACCACAUUUACACCUUCAUCUUCUCGUCUAUCUUGGCUGUCGUUGCUGUUGCAUUCGCGUACAUCGCUGUCGCCAACUUCGCCGUGCCGGCGGCUUUGGCUCGCGUUGCGCUCGUCACUACGGGCUUCAACAUCGGACUUUUCUUCAGCAUCGCGGUUUAUAGGCUCUUCUUCCACCGGCUACGCAAGUUUCCCGGCCCCUGGGGCGCAAAACUCACUCGUUUCUAUGCUGUCCGCCUCGCUGCGAAGGAAACCCAGUACCAUGAGGAAAUUAGAAAGAUGCACGCCCAGUACGGCGACUUCAUCCGCACAGGCCCCCGCGAGGUUUGUGUUGUCCGCAAGUCAGCGGUUCCUUUGAUUUACGGCCCACAAACGGAAUGCACCAAGGCUACAUGGUACAUCCAGGCCUCGAGCGAUUGCACCAAGGUUUCCAUUCAUAUGACUCGGGACUUCUUGGACCACAAGAGGAGACGCAAGGCUUGGGACAGAGGCUUUGCCAUUAAAGCGCUUAACACCUAUGAGCCGCGCAUCAAGAGGAUAGCCGAUGAGCUGAUGAACCAAAUCCAUUCUCACAUUUCUGACGGCAGGCCCAUGGAUGCGACUGCCUGGUCCAUGUACAUGUCCUUCGACAUCAUGGGUGAAAUCGGCUUCGGCAAGGACUUCGGCUGCGUCGCCUCGGGCGAAGAGCACAUUGCGAUCAAGGGCCUCCACGACCACAUGAACAUCCUCGGCAUCAUGUCGAAUAUGCCCUGGGCGCUGAACGUCUUGGCCCGGGUCCCCGGUGCCACAGCCGGCUACGCUGACCUCUUUGGAUGGUGCUCGAGCCAGGUCCACGUGAAGAAAAAGGAAUGGAACGCGGAGCAAUACCCCCAGGACGUCAUGUCCUGGCUGAUCAAAGCCCUCAAGGAGAAAGACAUCACCGCGCCGCCCUCAGAAGACGCGCUCGAAGAAGACGCGCGCACGUUCGUCAUCGCCGGCAGCGAAACGACCGCCACGACGCUCGCUUGCAUCCUCUUCUACCUCGCCAAGUACCCCUCCGUGCUGAAGAAGCUGCAAGCGCAGCUGGACACGGCCAUGCCCGCCGGCAACAGCGAGUGGACGUACGAGAAAGCCAAGAGCGUGUCCUUCAUCGACGACAUUAUGAACGAGACGCUGCGCAUCAAGCCCGCCGUCAUGACGGGCGUGUACCGCGAGACCCCGACGCAUGGCCUUAUGGUCGACGAGACGUUUAUUCCGGGCAACACGCACGUGUUCGUCCCGAUGAAGCUUAUCCAGAAUGAUCCGAGGUACUGGCAGCAGGCAGACGAGUUUAUUCCCGAGCGGUUUGGCGAGCGCAGGGCUGAGAUGGGCACGGAUGGCGCGCCGUUUAUGCCGUUUAACAUUGGCACCUACUCCUGCCCCGGCAAAAACCUCGCCAUCAUGUCCCUCCGUAUCUCCAUCAGCAACAUCGCCCAGCUGUACAACGUGUCCUUCGCGCCGGGUGAGACGGGCGAGGCAUUCGACACGGGCGCGCUCGACACCUUCACCACGACGCUGCCCCCCGUCAUGCUGCAGUUCACGCGGCGACAAUAAGCGCCCUGCAUGAUGAGUUGAGCUUGGUCGUGCGGGGGGAAAUAUGGUUUUGUAAGUGUGGGUGAUGUAAGAGUGAGUUGAGUUGAGUUGUAUUCAUUUACCCUGACCCAUCGCCCUGAGCGAUAUGCAGGCU